AGGACUCAGCUCCGUCUCCGCAUCCUUCGCUCGUGUCCAGGCAGCGGCUCCCGCUCCUCUCCCGUCCCCCCCGCCCCGGUUCCUGCCCUCGCGCCCCCCACCGACCCAGGGUCCCCCAGGCCCAGGUGCCCCCCGAUGGGGUAGCUGGGCGGGGGCCCAUGGGCAGUGCCCCCCGCAGGAGGCGGCGUGAGUGGGCAACAUGCCCAGCAUCCUGGGGCUCCUGCUGACCUGGCUGGGGGGCUAUGGCUGCGCCGGACGCCUGGGUCCCCCCUGGCCCGGCUCCCGGGGGGCCCCAACCCAGGGCUGGGAGCGCCCCCUGCUGAGAUCUCGACGUAGCUGGGUCUGGAACCAAUUCUUCGUCAUCGAGGAGUAUGCCGGCCCCGAGCCUGUCCUCAUCGGCAGGCUGCACUCGGACGUGGACCGGGGCGAGGGGCGGUUCAAGUAUGUGCUGACGGGCGAAGGGGCCGGGACGGUGUUUGUGAUCGACGAGCGGACGGGGAACGUGCACGUGACCAAGACCCUGGACCGGGAGGAGAAGGCCCAGUACACGCUGCUGGCCCAGGCCGUGGACCGGGCCUCGAACCGGCCCCUGGAGCCGCCCUCCCAGUUCAUCAUCAAAGUGCAGGACAUCAACGACAACCCGCCCGUCUUCCCGCACGGCCCCUACCAUGCCACUGUGCCCGAGAUGAGCAACGUGGGGACACCCGUGAUCCAGGUGACGGCCCAGGACGCCGAUGACCCGAGCUAUGGGAACAGUGCCAAGCUGGUGUACACGGUGCUGGAGGGGCUGCCCUUCUUCUCCGUCGACCCCCAGACCGGCGUGGUGCGCACCGCGAUCCCCAACAUGGACCGGGAGGCACAGGCCGAGCUGCUGGUGGUGAUCCAGGCCAAGGACAUGGGGGGCCACGCCGGGGGGCUGUCGGGGAGCGUCACUGUCACUGUCACCCUGAGCGACGUCAAUGACAACCCACCCAAGUUCCCCCAGAGUUCUUACCAGUUCUCGGUGCUGGAGACGCUGCCGCCUGGCUCCCCCGUGGGGCGGCUCCGGGCCCACGAUCCGGACGAGGGGGACAACGCGAGGCUCCACUACCGGCUGCUGGACGGGGACGGGCCCUUCACCAUCAGCACCGACCCACUGGGCCGGGACGGCCUCCUCACCAUCAGCCAGCCGCUGGACUUCGAGCAGCGCCCAGCGUACACCCUGCGGGUGGAGGCGGCCAACACGUGGGUUGACCCACUGUACAUCCGCCAGGGGCCCUUCAAGGACGUGGCCACCGUGCAUGUGGCCGUGGAGGACGCGGCCGAGCCCCCAGCCUUCGCCCGGCCCAGCUACCAGCUGGGUGUGCCCGAGGACAGCCCCCCCGGCACCGUGGUGGGGAAGAUCACAGCCUCCGACCUGGACACACCCAGCAGCGCCAUCCGAUACUCCAUCCUGCCCCACUCAGACCCCGGGCGGUAUUUCAGCAUCAGCCCCCAGGACGGGACCCUCCGCACGGCCCUGCCCCUCGACAGGGAGACGCUGGCCUGGCACAACCUAACUGUGGUGGCCACUGAACUAGACAGCCCGGCGUGGGCUGCGCCCGUCCCUGUGGCUGUGCACGCCCUGGACGUGAACGACAACGUGCCCCAGCUGGCACCAGGGACCGAGCCCUUCAUCUGUCACGGCGCAGCGCCAGGCCAGCUGAUCCAGACCAUCUGGGCGCGGGACCGGGACGACGGUGGGGCCGGGAGUCGGGUGACAAUUCGCUCCCCCCCGGGGCUGGGGCCCCCCAACAUCACUGUGCGAGACAACGAGGAUGGUUCAGCUGCUCUCCUGCUCCGGGCCCCGUGGCUGCCCCCCCCAGGUGGGCCCCCCCUGCUGGUGCCCCUGGAGCUGGUGGAUGGGGGACGUCCCCCCCUGACGGGCACCCCCACCCUGACGCUGAGCAUCUGCCAGUGCCGGCCCGAUGGCAGCCUGCGCUCCUGCCAGCCCCCCCCCGCCGCCCGCGCCCCCCCCGGGCUCAGCACUGCCGCCCUGCUGGCCAUCCUGGGCUGCGGCACCAGCCUGCUCGCGCUGGCAGGGCUCCUGGCCCGGGGGUGCCCCAAGGGCGGGGCGCGGGCAGCGCCGGCGGAGGAGGGCGAGGUGCGCGAGAACAUCAUCAGCUACGACGACGAGGGGGGGGGCGAGGCCGACACCCAGGCCUUCGACAUGGCUGCCCUGCAGCGUCCACCCGCCCCCGGACCCCUCCCUGGCCCCCCCGGCCUGGCCGCCUGCCUCGCCGCCCGCCUGGGACAGGCCGACGCGGACCCCCGGGCCCCCCCCUACGACUCGCUGCAGGUCUACGGCUACGAGGGGGGGGACACGCCCUGCGGCAGUCUCAGCCCCCUGGGCUCCUCCUGGGGGGGCAGCGAGGGAGGGGGCGACCCUGGUGAGUGGGGGCCCCUCUUUCGCACCCUGGCCGAGCUCUAUGGGGGCCCAGAGGGGCCUGCCUGAGGCCACGCCUACCUCCCAGCCACUCCUGAGAGGCCACGCCCCUCCCUCUGGGUCAUGCCAGUAUGGCCACACCCACCUCCAGCCAUGCCCUGGGCAUGCCACUUGACCACGCCCACUUCCCGGCCACACCUGCAAGGCCACGCCCCCCUCCCUGUAGGUCAUACCAGCAAGGCCAUGCCCACCUCCUGGCCACACCAGUGAGGCCACGCCCACCGCCAGGCCAUGCCAUGGCCACUCCUGCAGGCCCACACACUCUCCUGGCCACGCCCCCAAGCAGGCCACUCCCACUUCCAGCCACACCCCCUUCUCAGCCCCCAGGGCAUGGCCGGGGCCAUGGGGGAGUGGCUACAUAUGGCCAUGGCACGCACCCCUCCCCUGCUGCGCCUUGCCCCCUCUCAGUGCUUCGGCCCCACGGCCUCCCCCGCCCCAGCUCGGCAUUUGUCCUGUGUUCCCCCCCAUGGCCGCUCGCCCACUGUGACUGACUGUGACCCCCCGCCCCCAAUUAAUGCCAUAUCCAGCCCCCCCAUCAGGCUGAGACCCCCAACGUCGCAUCCUGCCGCUGCCCCCAGCCAGGAGAGCCCCAGGAAAUCCCAGGGGAUGAGGGCGUGGGCUGGACCCCACAGAUCUAGGAACCUCCCUGAUCCACCAGACCCCUGCCCCCCCAAAUCCACUAGAUCCUCCUGCCCCCCUGAUCUUCCAGACCCCCUGGAUCCACCGGACCCCCUUGACCCCCCUUGGAUUCUGCAUUGGGACUUUUAAUCCCACUGGAUACUGGGGGGGGGGGGUGCCAUUGUGUAGGGUGGGAGGGACGUACGAUUGUGUUCGAGAAGAGGG